AUGUCCCAUCCUUCCAAUCGCCCUUACCCAGGCAAAGUCCGAUUUGAAACACCAAUGGAAACCAACGAAUCUGCCUACAGCAGUGAAGCUGGAAUGCCGCCAGUCAAUGUCAGUGGCACUCGUGAGUUGAUCUUUCCAACUUCAGCGAUGGACCGUCCUAACUCCCAAUCAGGUUUCAAUUUAGGAAUGUCUCUCCCUGCGACACAGCCACCCCCGGCGCCGAGGUUUAACUUUGGCAUGGAUCUCGACAUGCCUGCAGCGCCAUCUGCCACACCUCCCACGCCGAGGUUCAACCUUGGCAUGAACUUGAGCAUUCCUGGCGCCGUACCACCUUCAUCACCGGUGCUGCACACCCAGCAACCAUUCAACCUGGGGUUCACCCUUCCUCAGCCCGCACAGCAGCCAGCCCCCAAGCCGUUCAACCUGGGUUUCAAUCUUCCGGUCCCUUCCAAGGCUACGCUGCCGCCGACCACAUCUUCCCAGCCAUUCAACUUUGGCUUCAAUCUCCCUCAUGCCACCCCGCCGGCAACAAGCUCUGAACUGGUGCCGGACCAGGCAGACACCUCAAGGCAUGUAGGUUAUGACAUCAACAAUAGAUCAUUCCAGUUUGGAUGUGAGCCUCCCUCCCCGAUUGGGGAGUGGCAACCAGAGCUCAUUAGGGUACCGCAACCUGCCCCUCCUGUUGCUUCCUCGCUGCCUGCUAUCGCAGAUGCGGCACCAGGACCAUCCAUGCCUCGUGCAUUGCCCCUCACUGGCGGGCAUCUGGAACGGCCCACACUGAAAUCUUUGGUCGGUGAUGCCGAAUGUGCGGCGAUUGAUAUUCUGAAUCGCCUUGGAGGAGAAGAAUUUGAUCAUCUGGCACAGAUGAUGGUCGGCGGCGCCUUGGGUCCGGGGGAUGAUGUCCAGGAUCCCAAGCCUGAUGAAGUCUUAGAGAGCAAUAGGGUGAUGCUCAUGGCAUUCUGUGAAAGCAGAGACCGGCUAACUAGGAUCUUCAAAGAUCUAAUUAGCCUGCAUCACCUUGCACAGGUGCAUGAAUGGGUUCUUCCUGCAGUGGAAUCCUUGUUACAUGAAGUUGACUGGGCAGAGGCUGAGUCUGGCGAAAAAAUGUAG